UAAAACAAAAAAAUUUCCAUAAACCACAAAUCACACAAAAAACAUGAACACCACAGAACUGAUCAAGCAGACACGAACCACACAAAGAACCGAACACGACGACGGAUUGCGAACGAAUGGGUUGUUCUCUCCUGAAGGUCAACGCAAAAGUUGAGCCACGUCUCCAAAAUAUCAUCGACCUUGUGCACCAGCAACGAGCAAUCGAUCCGGAUUGAAAGCCAACCGUUCGCGGUCACUACGAACGCCAGCUGAAACCUCCCGGCGUUUUAAUCCAAACCGGUGUGGACCGACGCUAAAGUGAACCCAGCGCGCCAUGAAACACGGUCCGGCUUGAAAAGAUGCUCACAGCAAGCACCUGUAAUUGUUUGGAGGGGGGGUUUGUUGUGAUGCCACUCCAAAAAUGGAGCUAAAUUUUUUGAUUGCCCUUUAUCGGGGGAACCGUUUUUUUUUGUUCUCUUCCAGCGUCAUGGGUGAAGUUCUUUACCAAUGCCGGCAUUCCAUCGCCCAUCGGCCAGUACUGCCGGAACACUUGACUAAUCUGGUCCCGGUAACGGCGGUUUCUGCCACGCUGAGCAACCCACCCAAAUCGGCGGUGUCCCGCCCCAGCUCGGCGGGGUCUCUGCCGAGCAAAUCGCGGAAAGACUUUUUCGAGCACAAAAUCACACUUCCGGCUGGCGGCGGAUCUACCACAAACAUUGUGCGCAUCGACGGUCGGUAGCAUAGCAAGUGGAGUGCCGUCGUCAAACAGCUAGAGCGCAACUCCAAUGACGAAGAGGAGGAUGGAGAAUUUCGUGCUUGCCAUUUCAUUAGGGCACAAAACUUUUGUAAACAAGAGUGUAUCCCUCUCACACCUUAUGCAAACUGUCAUUUGAGUGAAAGGGAUACACUAUUGUUUACAAAAGUUUUGUGCCCUUUUGAAAUGUUAGGCUCCAAUUUGACGACGCCGGAAAUGGAAGGGAACCGCCGAAGAAUAUGGCCUCGAAGGUCACACUCAAGAAUAUCGAGGCGCUUGGGAAGAAGAGUGACAAUUUCGGAGGCGGCGGCGGUUCAAUCUUUUCGCGGCUGGUCCCCGCAACAACCCACCCGCCAACUCCCUCUCAAAUCCAGAACGUCAUUCCGGUGAAGAUGAUCUCUGCCAAGAUGGUCACGGCAGGUGACGAACAGUCGCUCUCCUCGCGACGGCGCGGCUUUGACCGCAUGAACUCGGACUGUAAGGCGGCCAAAUCCGUAUCCUUCUCGAAGGAGGACGAAGUGCUCGAAAUCGAAUCCCGUCCCAAGGAUUCAUUAGCUCCCAGGCCCGGAUGCGCUUCCAGGAUCAGGAACUCCCGGUGCGGGCACGCCUGGGUGGCGGUGGCGCUUUACCCCAGUAGGGAAACGUCGACCGCCCUUCCCAAAAUAAACAGCCAACGGCGGUGUUGAACUCGGGUCCUCAUCAGGAACAACUGAUGGCUUCCUCUUGCUCCCCCCAACCUGUUGUGGCAACUAAUAUGCUUCAACAAUCAAAUCAAAUCCGGGGAAAAGAAGGUCCGACUUCGCGAGCAGAGCCCCAACCUGAGCCCUUAUAGUUCGUUGACACGAUCCUCGGCCGAUGUUCCUGAAGAUUAAUAAAAUGUUGCACUCUUCCCAGGUGGUACCCGCCGGAUUUUCUACUGAAGAUCAAUCCGAAAGCCGUUCCAAGUCUCAUUAACAUCAUCGACUUAGUGCACCAAAAAGCGAUUGAUCCGGAUUGAAAAUCUGGAGAAAUUUGGACGGGAAAGAAAUGUUGCCGGUAUCGCUGAGUUUCCGUGACAUCCGUCAGGACCUGUGGAUCCGGAUGAGCAUUGCCAAGAGGCCACGGCCACUCCAGCAAAAAUUACGCCAUGACCUGGGAGCGGAGUGUGUCAACUUGAAUUUCAGCAGAAAUAUCAAUUUCUCUAUUGUAAAAUGGGUAAAAUAAUUGUAAACAAUUUAGAAUAUAAUAAAAAAAAAAUUU